AUGCUUGUCGGCACGCUCUCCUCGCUCGGCGUCCUCAAUUGGGCCAUGAACCACAUCGCUGGCAUAUGCACUAGUACUGCUGUCAAUGGUUUCAGUUGUCCCUAUAGCCACACUCACUUUAAUACUUCUUUGAUCUGGGGCGCAGUGGGCCCUCGCCGCUAUUUCUCGAACCACAUUGGCUAUUCCUCUUUGCUUUACUUCUUCAUCAUUGGUGCCAUCUUACCCAUUCCUGUCUAUUAUAUGGCCCGCCGAUACCCUAAGUCGCUGUGGAGAAGAGUUCAUGUCCCCCUGUUCAUCGGGGGGGUUGAAUUACCUUCCCCCUGCGACAGGAAUGAAUUACGGCAUAAGUAUAACUUUGUUCUGAGCUCCGCUAUGGACUCAUCUGUGGGGAUUGCUGGCGCAAUGAUUUUUUUGACAAUUUAUUUCACCGGAGCCAGCAACCAUUUCAACUGGUGGGGAACUGAGGUUUACAAGCAGGAUACAUGUGACUGGAAAGGGUGUGCAUAUCUGUCUGUGCCCAAGGGUAGAAAUUUCGGCAUAUAG